AUAAAUACGCAGUUAAUGCAUAGUUUUCCUAUAAUUUAGAAUAAUAUGGCGGCUGCAGCUGCAACAAGGAAAAUUAUCCAAGCAGUCAAGCCUCAUGUUCCUUCAAUCAAAUUUCCACCCAGAGAUACUGCCAAUGAAUUUUCUGGAGACAAGGGAUCAACAACGGCUAAUAUCACACAAGGAAAAUCUGAAAGCCUAGCUACACCUAUGGGACAUAAAUCACCUUCCUCGGGACAAAGCAUAGAAUCAUUUCAACUUCCACUGAAAUACCAUCGGAAACCCUUGUCAAAUGAAGAAAUGGAAGCUAUUGAGAAAGGGGGCAAAGUAUGAUCAAUCAAAUACAAGAAGUAUAUGGAUCUUAGUAACUAAUUAGUAUGUGUGAAUAAAUGGUUUUUAGCCACGUGAUGUAUGGUUUAAU